CCCCAUCUCCAUCACCUCUCCCUCAACCUCCAUCGGAACGGUACCUGGCCACUCGAGUCCCUCUCCGCUAUCGCUGGGAUCCCUGCACUGCGUACUCUUGACAUGUGGCUGGAUAUUACGAGUGAAUGCCGCCGGCAGAACGAAAUCAAGCACGGUUGGCGACCCUAUCUCGACGACGACGACAGAUGCGCCGAUGAAGCGCAGUUUCGCCAACCGUACGUCAACGAGACGACAGCCCAGGAAGUAUUUGACUUCAUGCGCAGCAAGAAACUCGGGGACGAAUUGGAAAGGGUGACGUUCUGGGUGGGUGACUGGAGCCGAUCUUGGGAUGGCCCGCUCUAUUCGCCACCGUGGAUGGAGAACAAGAAUGUAAAGGUUGACUGUAAUGUGGCCGUGGAUGGAAACACGGCAGAGAGUUGUGUGGUGGAGACUGGUAGCAAUUAUUGGACUCAU